UCGCCACCACCUCGUCCCGCUUCUCCGCCGAGGCACCGCGUGACAGGGCUGUGAGUCCCAGGCCUACGGCGCGCGUCCAGGUCCUCCCGGGCCACCCGGGCUCAGCAUGCCCGGGGUGAAGCUGACCACCCAGGCCUACUGCAAGAUGGUGCUGCACGGCGCCAAGUACCCGCACUGCGCCGUCAACGGGCUCCUGGUGGCCGAGAAGCAGAAGCCGCGCAAGGAGCACCUCCCUCUGGGCGGCCCGGGCGCCCACCACACGCUCUUCGUGGACUGUAUCCCCCUCUUCCACGGCACUCUGGCCCUCGCCCCCAUGCUCGAGGUGGCCCUCACCCUGAUUGAUUCCUGGUGUAAAGAGAAUAGCUACGUGAUUGCUGGUUACUACCAAGCCAACGAGCGUGUAAAGGAUUCCAGUCCAAACCAGGUUGCUGAGAAGGUGGCUUCCCGGAUCGCUGAGGUCUUCAGUGACACGGCCCUUAUCAUGGUGGACAACACGAAGUUCACAAUGGACUGCCUGGUGCCCACCAUCCACGUGUACGAGCACCAUGAGAACAAGUGGCGGUGCCGAGACCCUCACUAUGAUUACUGUGAAGACUGGCCCGAAGCCCAGCGGAUCUCGGCCUCACUCCUGGACAGCCGGUCCUAUGAGGCCCUCGUGGACUUCGACAACCACUUGGACGACAUUCGGAAUGAUUGGACAAACCCAGAAAUCAAUAAAGCAGUUCUGCACCUGUGUUAGG